UCCGCCUGGACUUCUUGGUAUCCUGCUAUCUGCAACUUCAGUACAUUUUCCUAGAGUGUUUCGCAAGCCAUGUCUCGAGCUAUGAGAAUUGUAGCAUUGUGUCUUCUGGCCCUGCUCGCAGUCGAGCAGGUGGCGGCUCAGUGUCCCAGCGCAACAGGGUUUGUGAACUGCUUGCAAUUCGCGAAGGCCGGAGCCCCGAAGCCCGAUGCAAGGUGCUGUGCUGUGGUCAAGAGCCAGGCAUGGACCAACACUUGCCUGUGCAACGUGGCGAAGAUGAACAUCCCUGGCGUUAACUUCAACAAAGCCAUCGGGCUCCCGAAGGCCUGCGGUCGAAAGGUUCCAAGGGGCACCAAGUGCAACGGCGUUCAGGUGCCAUACUGAGGACAACGCAGCGUGCUGCCAACUUUCUUCAGAAUGAGACAGAAAACCUGAACAUUGUAGAGAUAACGAUCGGAAUUGUCGCCAUGAACGUCAAUCAAAUUUGAGAAACUACAAUAAAAGUUUUGCUUUCGGGGCCAAUUUUCUUCG